AUGGAUGAGGUGAUGAAGGGAGCCAAUUUUGGAGAAAGCCAAAGAGAAGAUGCAUCAAGAGUUUUUCCAUGUCUAUUUUGUUCAAGAAAAUUUUACAGUUCUCAAGCUUUGGGAGGACACCAAAAUGCUCACAAGAAAGAAAGAACAGCUGCAAGGAAGGUCAAGAGGGCUUCGGAGUACUCGAGUGUUUCCUUCCCUUCCCCACUGCCAGCCCCUAUGCUUUUUGCUCCAACUCACUUAGAUAUUUUAAAUCCUUCAAUGUUCAUCACUGCCCAUGCAGCAGAACUCCCUUAUAUGCAAAGCCAUCAAAUUUCGGAACAAUUUGGAUCAAAUGGUGCACCAAGAUUUGGCAAUGCACUGCUCUAUGGGGUAAGUAACCGGUUACAUGAAGAUGGGAAGAGCACUAGCGUCAGCUGGGGGGACACAUCUCAACACAAGUCAUUGAUAAGUAACGAUCAACACCUUGGAAUUUGGAAUAAUGGGACAGAGAAAGAUCAAAAGCUUGAUUUGUCUCUCCAUUUGUAG